AUGAGAUUCGCCCACCCGAAGAGCUCGUUGCCCACAGACUGGAUCGAACACGAGGGCUUCUCCGUCCUCGACAGUGUGCUGGAAUCCCUCCGAUAUGUGGUGGUGAACCAGGUUCCUGCCCCCCGAGUUUUCGAAGUCGCAGUGGACAAUGCGGCUUCGGGGAAAUUGCCGGAGAUGGAUCGCAAAGUUAUAGCCGGCCUUCUGAAGAAAGGCUGUGCAAAAGUACGCCGGCUGCGAGCAAAGACAGAGAUGGAUGGUUGGCUGCAGAAGAAAAAGAAGCCUAAGACGGGCCGCAAUAAGGUUGGCGAAGAGAUCGAUGCUAUGCUUGACGAGAUUGAUAAUGAAGCUCCGCCUGACUGGGAUGAGAUUGAAGAGAACAAAAAGCUGGAGGAGCAGUUUGGUGACUUGAGCCGUUUUACGGCUGAGGAGGUUGAGGACCUGAUGGGAUGCUUGAGUUCUCCAGAGAUGAUUGAUGCCAGUCCGCCACGACAGCCCCGACGUUCGGCUUUGAAACCUCGACCGAAGUGGAAGUCCAAGGAGCCGCAGUCUAGCGAUCCUGCAGAUCGUGAGCCCGAGGCGGGCGAUGGAGAUCGUGAGCCCAAGGCGGGCGAUGGAGAUCGUGGGCCCAAUGCGGGCGAUGGACAUCGUGAGCCCAAUGCGGGCGAUGGAGAUCGUGAGUCCGGAGAUCGCGAUCCGCCUGGAGAUCCGAUAAAUCGGCCGAAUAUUGGUUGCAAUUAUUUAGCGGCUGCCCAGCAGAAGUACGCAGAGGCUCAUUUGAAGAUCUUUGGGUCCGAUGCCAUCACGUUGGAUGAUAGUUCCAGUGAAACCGAUCUGGCUACGAUGGAAGCUUUAGUGGAGCAGAGAAAUUUUGUGCAUCCAGAUGCCGUUGCCGCCGAAAAGGAGGAGCAAGGAUUGGAUACUUCCAAGGGCAAUGCCAAGAAAAGGGCCAGCGGGGACACGAUUCCGGCUGAUGAGGAGGAUAAGAAGAAGAAAAAAGGAAAGAAGGCUCCGGAGGAGCCCAACAAGACUUUCGCCGGUCGCCCGCCGCCGACAACCACGCCGCAUUUGUCCGGAAAAGUCGCGAUGGCGAAAGACAAAGCCGAGCGAAAGUUCCUGGCAUAUGUGUCCGAGCAGGGCCUCAGCACGAUGACUGAUCAGACAGAAAUUGAAAUCUUCUGUCACGAUAUGGCAGUGGCAUUUCUGCUGCACGAGGUGCCCCGCAAUGGCUCUGGCUUCGAGCUGAUGCUCAUCGACAAAGGAGGCAGCCUGCAGUGCUUUAUCGAAGCCGAGGGAGAGGUCACCUUCGACCGGGCUGAGCUUCGAGCUGCAAAGGUGGAGAUAAUGGAGGCUACUGCAGAGGACUCGCAAGCCACACAGCCCUGGGAUGGAACACCGGCACCCGCUGCCAACGACUUCGACGAUGACGACUUGGAAAAGGAGUUGGAAAGGCUUAUGAGCGAAGAGGACGCCGCAACUUCCGCCCAGGCUUCUGAGCCUGAAAGCAAUAGCAAGAUGCAGGCACUUGAACAAGAACAGGCUACGCUGAAACAACUAUACGAAGAAGCUGUGGCCCGCAUUGCUAAGCAGAAGCUAGAGGCCACUACGCAUGGCACAGCAGCAGCAGAAGAAGAAGCCGAGAAGAAAAGAAAAGCAGCAGCAGCAGCACAGGAAGCCGAGGAGAAAAGACAAGAAGCAGCAGCAGCAGCAGCAGAAGCCGAGAAGAAAAGACAAGAAGCAGCAGCAGCAGAAGCCGAGAAGAAAAGACAAGAAGCAACAGAAGCAGAAGCCGAGAGGAAAAGACAGGCAGCAGCAGACGAAGCCGAAAAGAAAAGGCAGGAAGCAGCAGCAGCAGAAGCCGAAAAGAAAAGACAGGAAGCAGCAGCAGCAGAAGCCGAGAGGAAAAGGCUCGAAGCAGCACUAGCCGCAGAGAUAGAAGCAGCUGAUGCCCAGAAGAAACGCCGAGAGGAAGCACUUGCAGCAGAAGCAGCUAAGAAAGCACAAGAGGCAGCAGCAGCAGAAGCAGCAGACACCGAAAAGAAACGGCAAGCAGCUGUUGAGGAUGAAAUCCGAAGAAUGAGGCAACGGAUCCAGGAGCUGACGGGGGAGACGCCACCGACAAUCGGCACGAGCAACUUCAAACGUGCACACAGCCCCACACGAGCAGCACCGAGCCGGAGCUUGGAUCUAUCGCCACUUUCGAAACAACUCAAACAGGAACACGAGGAGGAGGAAAGGCUCAAAAGGGAGGUUGCAAAUGCUACGAAGAAGGCGAAGUUGGAUGAAAUCCAAAGGAAGAAUGAGGCCAUGCGACAAAAGCUCUUGGCCUUGGGCAGCAGUGCUUCGACAAACUCCCCGCCCGCAGCAACUCCGAACCCCAGUGCUUCGCCGGCCCCGGCCGCAACAAAUGCCAACCCCGCUCCUUCGCCGACCCCGGCCGCAACACCUGCUUCGCCGAUCCCACCCCCGCCUCAGGGCCCACCCCCACCUCAGGGCACUGCGGCCCCUCCGACAACGAUCCCAGCAGCUGCUCCUCCCGAGACUUCGACGAGUGAACCGACUGCUGCUGAUGAAGCGAACACAGUGGCACGAAAAGAAGCGGCCGCAGCGAUCCAGACGGAUAUGAUCAAGGAGUACAUGGCGAGUGGACAGGACGUGAACAAGGUCACGGUGGGGAUCAUUUUGAAGGAUAUGAUGGUUGAGCAAGAAAAAAAGACAAAGCAGUCUUUGACGAGAGAACAGGUGUUCACGCACUACGCCCCCAACGAACAGAAAGCGAAGGAUGCCAUUGACUUUGCUGUCCAGCAAGGCUGCCGGGACGAUCCGAACUUCCCUGCUGGUUCGGGGAACCUGCUGUACAAUAUCUUCACAGAGUUUUCCGAGACUGAGCUCUUCGAAAAACGUCGCGAGAUCGAGGCAAGCAUCAAACCACUUGCCUCCGACAACAGACCGGAAGCCAAAAAGCUGUUCUCAGAACUGCGACUUAGUGGCAAUUCGUUGGCUUCGCUUCGUUCUGGUUCUCUUUCUUCGAAAAACCCUUAA